AUGUCGAAGCCGAAUCAGCUCUUCCUCCUUGCCGACCACAUCAAGCUCUCGCUCCUGGAACGCCGGCGUGCCCAGUCGCUGAAUCUCGAGGGAAACUCCCAGGAUGGACACAUUUCCCGAUCGCUGGAGCAGUUCAAGGAUGGUCUGGAGGCGCUAAGGGAGGAGGAACAGAGGCUCCGGGAUAAGGGAGAUGAAGACGCCGCCCUCGACAUCUCCGACAACCUCCCCACCCUCCAACACCAACUCGACGACCUAACCUCCCAAUUCCACGGCUUCACCACCCCUUCCACAACCUCCACCCUCACACACCCCAACGACCCCUCCCUAGCCGCAGACUUCACCCAUGCAACAACCCUCCCCCCCACCAAAAAACCCGCCGCAGCCCCAACCACGGCCUCCAAAUCCGUCCGCUUCUCCGACACGCCCCCGGCGGAAGACGACCCUUCCAUCGAACUCUUCUCCCGCUACCGAGACGACCCCGAGGAAGCUAAUUCCGCAGCCGAUCGCGCCCAGGGCAUGACGAACGAGCAGAUCCACGCCUUCCACUCUACCGUCCUCGCUGAGCAGGACGAGCAGCUUGAUCGUUUGGGUGAGACGAUUGGGAGGCAGAGGGAACUGAGCAUGCGCAUGGGGGAUGAGCUCGAGGCGCAGUGUGAGAUGCUGGAUGAGACUGAUGCUAUGGUUGAUAGGCAUCAGAGUAGGCUGGAUAGGGCUUCGAGGUCGUUGGGGAGGGUGGCCAGGGCGUCGGGAGAGGGGAGGCAGAUGGCUGCUAUUAUUAUUACUAUUAUCAUUUUGGUUUUGCUUAUCGCUAUCUUGAAAUAA